GUUGUGGCACUGAAUGCACCCUCUCCAGUCUUCCCGCCUCCCUCCGGAAAACCCUUGGUGACCUGUCACAGCUCGGAGAGUCCGCGGCGCAGCCCCUAUGCACUGCUAUGGACUGAUGAGUAGACUUGCGGGUAGGCUAUGGGCGCCAGCCGUGUGGGGCGGCCGAGCGACCGGCAAGGCGUCCUGCCAACUGCUGUCGCCGCGCGAGAGCGCUUUUGUCUCUAGCACUCGGGCGGCUGGCCUGCGCGGGCGGAAGCAUGCCCCCUCCCGAGAGGCGCGGCAGACCGCAGUCAGCGCCGCUGCCGAGGGCGCGGCUGAAGCGGGUGCGGUGCCCGCGGCUCCGCCCGUGAAGGCAACGCGCGCCCGGCGGGCAGCCUCCAAACCCCGCGUCAGCGACGACACCGGUAGCGCCGCCGCCGCCGCGGCGGCUGCCACUGCCUCAGACUCCACCCCAACACCGGUGGCGCCAUCCCGCCCGCGGCGGACACGGAUCAAACCGGCCGCUCCCAGCGAGGAAGGCAGCGGCGGCGGAGCCGCCACCACUACCCCCACCGCAGCCAAGCCCACACGCGCUCGCAGGAACUCGGCUUCCAAGAAGGCGACAGCGGAUGCGUUGCCGCCCAGCCCCAGCCUUCAGGAGCAGCCGCAGGCGGCGCCGGUGACUCGUCCCAACGGCCAGUCGGGCGUGCUGUUGGUGGUUGACGGCAACUACCUGGCCAACCGCGCGUACUACGGGUACGGCAACGGCCAGCGGUUGGCCACAAGCAAGGGCGUGCCAACCUCCAUCACCUACAGCGUUGUGCGGACGCUGCGCGCGGCCAUUCGUUCGGUGCGGCCCACAGCCCUGGCGGUGGUGUUUGACCACCGCGGACCCACCUUCCGAGCAGCGCUGUCCGUGCUCGACCCCUCCAGCCGCACACGGGCAGGAGACGCCGCCGCACGGCUGGUGCAGCAGGGCCGCCUAGACUGGACGGACCUGGCCAACCGGCUGCUUGCGGCGGAGCCCCUACGUGCCGACCUGAGGGCGGUGGGCGCCGCACAGGAUGCCGCCAGCCCCCGCGCCUACCUGCACCCCACCGCAGCCACCUUCCUGCCACCAGCCGGAGACCCAGCCGCCACCACCUCCGGAAACCCAGCCGCCGAACCGCCACUGGACGCUGCGGCGGCCGGCGCCGCCAGCAGUCGUGCGGCGGGCGGUUGGAACGCCGAGUACGGCGCCACAUCGCCCGCCACUGCGGAGGAUGGCGGCGAUGUCGUACGCAUGCUGGCGGCGGCGCUGGGUCCGGAGCUGGCGGCGGAGUGUGGGCUGACGGAGGCGGUGGCGGCGCUGGAGGCGGCGGCGGCGGGCGGCGGGCGGGCGGUGCUGCCGCCUCAGGCAUACAAGGCGGGGCGUACGCCCAAGGAUGAGGAGUUCUAUGUUGACUUCCGGAACCUGCAGCGGCUGCUGGGCCUGAUGGCGAUACCGCCCCUGUCGCGGCCCUGGCUCGAGGCGGACGACCUGGCCGGGCUCCUGGUGCAGCAGGCGGUAUCGGAGGGCCUGGGCGUGCGCAUCCUCACCGGCGACCGCGACCUCUUCCAGCUGGUCGACGACGCCCACGAUGUAGCGUUGCUGUACCCGCGCCGUGGCGCCGCGUCAGCAGCAGCGUCAGCAGCGGCGCCUGCGGCGCGGGGCGUGGCGGGGCCGGGCGCGGGCGCGGCGGCGGCGCGGCGCUGGGAUGACUUCCCCUUUGACGAGCUGCGCGAGCGGGAGGUGGUGGGUGCGUUGGGCGUGCGGCCGGGCCUGGUGGCGGACUACAAGGCACUGACGGGCGACGACUCGGACCGCCUGCCGGGCGUGACCGGCAUCGGUCCCAAGGGCGCGGUGCAGCUGCUGACGGAGCACGGCGACCUGGAGGGCGUGUGGCGGGCGGCGCUGGAGGGCGCGGCGGGAGGCAUUGCGCCCAAGCGGCGGGCGGCGCUGCAGGCGGACUGGCCGGCGGCGCAGUACACGCUGACCAUGGCGCGUGUGCUGGGCUCGCCCGGCGCCCCCUCCGGCCUGCCCCCGCGGGAGGUGCUGCCGGACCGGCUGCUGCAGCGGCUGGCGCUGAGGGGCUACGAGGAGGCGGGCGCGGUGGCGGCGGCCAUGGCAGAGCUGGAGAUGUGGACCCUGGCGCGGGAGGCCGGGCCGGGAGGAGAGCUGUGGCGCGACUUUGGCGGCGGCGGGCCGGCGGCGGCGGGUGUGGACACGGGCGCAGGCGUGGGAGCUGCGCAGGGCGCGGCGUGAGCGCUGCAGUGUUGCAGAGUGUGUGUGAAGGAUGUACCGAGGAAUGCUGGCGCUGGUGUUGGUGUUGGUGUUGGUGUUGGAAUGCAGGGAGGCCAGGAGCAGAGGGUGCAUGGCACGGCCACGUCUGCAUUCGGGCAGGGCUGCCUGGACGACGUGUUGGCUGACUGCUGUCGUCGUCAUGGCCGACCAGCUUUCAGGCUGGACAUGUUGACUUGGUUGCGUUGCUGCGUCGUACGUUGGGGCAUACAC